AUGGAGUCAAGGGCGAGUUCGAUCGGUGCGGCGAAGCGCGAGUCUGUUCCCACUGCUGGCAGUGUUUUCUUCGUCUCUUCCAAUGGACGCGUGCUGAAAUUGCCGAUUCCGAGUAAAUCGUACCGGGAUCCGCUUACGUGGUUGUGGUCCAAGAGGCUGAUGGGGUUCUUGGCGCUGCAGUGCUUUUCGAUGGCUGCGUCGUUUGAGCUGAAUCUGCCGGGGCUGUUGCUUCAGGCAAUUGGGGAGGAGUUCAAGAACAGGCCAAUGGGCCCUUUUGGGGUACAGUCUUUGUCGUCGGCUAUGACUCUCUUCACUGGGAUUGGGUAUUUGAUCGGCAUUCCGCUAUCGACGGCAGUUGGACGACGGCCUAUUGUUGUUGGUGCCGCUGUGGUGACGACUCUGUCGACACUUUGGGCUGGCUACGCUGGAUCAUUCUGCCAAUUAAUCGCUGCCGUCAGCUUACAAGGCCUCGCAGCUGGAUCGGCAACCGGAAUGUUCAUCCUCAUACUUAUCGACGCAACCUUCAUUCACGAACGCCCCAGCGCACUCUCAUUAUUCUGGUGCACAGGCUCAGCCCUCAUCAAACUCGCUCUCUUAGUCCUUCCUUUCACAACCGACACUACAUUAUCCUGGCGCUGUGUAUACAAAGUCUGGGUUGCACCAUGCAUCCUCGCAUUCAUUUUAGUUCUCUUCUGUGUCCCCGAGACAUACUUCCUCCGACCCCCCGUCGCACUCGAUGGCCGGGUUCUAGUUCAAAGCAGCUCUGAGAAGGUUGAGGUCUAUGGAGGUUGGGAUGAAAUCGAGCUCAUCAGAAAUGACAAGCCUCUACCUGACUUACCAUCCUCUUGGUCAAUAUGGUCCCACUUAAAGGUGUCGCGAGCACCUGGAACAAAGUGGGAGUCUAUGCUUGCAACAUAUGGACAGAUGUUCCUAUGCAUCCUUAAUCCUCUGACCUUUUGGGUCUCUCUACUGACAGGCAUCAUCCUCAGUGGUGUCAUCUUCCUCAACCUUACUCAGCCAUCUGCGCUCAUCGAGAUGUUCGGACACAGUGACGGGGAUGUAAGAUGCAUCAAUGCCUUGCUUGGUGUCGCAGGCAUUGUUGGCUCUCUACUCUCAUUUCCCCUUACAGGACCAUUCGCUUCAUGGUUCACACGAUACUACACCUUUCGCAAAGGCGGUAUCCGCCACGCUGAAGUCUACUUGGCUCUUUUUUCCAUCCCUGUCAUUACCGGUCUGAUCAGUGUCCUUCUCAAUGGCCUCGCUCUCGUCAACAAGUGGCCUUCUGUCUGGAUCUACAUCACCUCAGCAAUCAGCAUCAUGAGCUAUCUCACCGGCAACGUCGCCUUCACUCUCUGGAUCACCGAGGCCUUCCCACGAUGGGCUGCGGCAGCACUUGCAGUUCAGUUGUUUACUGGAAAUAUGAUCAGCUUUGGGAUUGGUACUGCCAUAGCACCUUGGGCUCAGGACGGUCACAUUCUACAGCCAACUAUUCUUAUUUUUGUCUUGAUGCUUGUCAUGGGAACCAUGGCGGUCCCGGCGGCGUUUUGGGGCAAAACUGUGAGGCAGUAUAUCCAAGGACGCUGGAGUGACUCUGAGAGAACUGCGCUACGUCCUCAGUAG